ACCGGGAAGUGGAGUCCUCAACACAGACCGAGGAGUGGGUCCUCAACACCAGACCAAGAGUGAUCCUCAACACCAGACCGGGAAGUGGAGUCCUCAACACCAGACCGGGAAGUGGUCUCCUGAACCAGGUGGAGUCCUCAACACCAGACCGGGAAGUGGAGUCCUCACCACCAGACCGGGAAGUGGAGUCCUCAACCCAGACCGGGAGUGGAGUCCUCAACACCAGACCGGGAGUGGGUCCUCAACACCAGACCGGGAAGUGGGUCCUCAACACCAGACCGGAGUGGGUCCUUAACACAGACCGGGAAGUGGAGUCCUCAACACCAGACCGGAACCGGGAGUGGGUCCUCAACACCAGACCGGGAAGUGGAGUCCUCAACACCAGACCGGGAAGUGGAGUCCUCAACACCAGACCGGGAGUGGGUCCUCAACACCAGACCGGGAGUGAGUCCUCAACACCAGACCGGAAGUGGAGUCCUCAACACCAGACCAGGAAGUGGAGUCCUCAACACCAGACAGGGAGUGAGUCCUCAACACCAGACCGGGAAGUGGAUCCUCAACACCAGACCGGAGUGGAGUCCUCAACACCGAACCGGGAAGUGGAGUCCUCAACACCAGACCGGAGUGGAGUCCUUAACACCAGACCGGGAAGUGGAGUCCUCAACCCAGACCGGGAAGUGGAGUCCUCAACACCAGACCGGGAAGUGAGUCCUCAACACCAGACCGGGAAGUGGGUCUUAACACCAGACCGGGAAGUGGAGUCCUCAACACAGACAAGUGAGUCCUCAACACCAGACCGAGGGUGGGUCCUCAACACCAGACCGGGAGUGAGUCCUCAACACCAGACCGGGAAGUGGAGUCCUCCAGACCGGGAAGUGGAGUCCUUAACACAGACCGGGAGUGGAGUCUCAACACCAGACCGGGAAGUGGAGUCCUUAACACCAAGGAGUGAGUCCUCAACACCAGACCGAGUGGGUCCAACACCAGACCGGGAAGUGGGUCCUAACACCAGACCGGGAAGUCCUCAACACCAGACCGGGAAGUGA